AAAAAAAAAAUGAUUCUCUGACCUUUCGGCUCUCAUGAAUCCUAGUUUUCGUGCUUAUAUUCCGAGCAAGUUCUCAAAACCCUCAAACUAAAACUACAACUCAAAACCCACCCUCUGAAUCACUUACUUAUCACUCCUCCUCAGCUUGAUAGUUAGAUUACCUGAAAUACGUGAUACUGAUCUUUUUCUGGUUAAUGGAUAGCGUAUUUCUGUUGCGUUCUGUUCUUAUGUCUCCAUGCUAUUCAUAAAGUAAGAACUGAUUAUUUUUUACCCUUUUUCUUUUCCUUUGUUUCCAGGAGAUUGCUAUUUUCAGUCUGUUUGAUCGAGCACAAGAGUGUAGUUUAAUAUUACGUACGGCUCAUAUCAGGUACUGAUCCUUUUCUUUUAUUGUUGCUUUCGAGCUUGAAUAACCUCUGGAGUUAUCUACCACAGUAAUACUUAAAUCAUCUGUUAAGUAUAUAAAGUUGCUGCAAAUUCAUGUGAUGAUAAUUGAUAAGCAGAAACCUGAUCUUAGCCGGCCCUGAGGCAGCGCUGGCGGUAGGGGCGUAGCUUCCUUAUGGGCUACAGUGCUCUUGGCACCCCCUGAAUUAGAAAAAAAAAAAAAAAAAAGCUAUUAAUAUAAGUUGCAAUUAAUAUGUUAUAUUAGUGGAUUAUCAAAAUUAUCCUUAUUUGGCUCCCCUAAUAGAUAUUGGUCCAGGCACCAAAUGUUGAAAUCAGGGCUAAGGUUUUGAAGAAGAGCAGAAAGAGAGAGUAAAUAUCAGAGGACUCAGAAUGAAGAAGAUGAUGAUACUGUAUUGAUAAGCUUGAGAUCGUACAGCUAAUUACAUGAGUAUCAUAUAGGACAGAUUGUAACUAAUUGUGCUUAACCCUAACUAAUUUCUCUAACAAUAUUUUCUAUCUGAUCAAUUAGUGUAUGACACGUGGCUCGGGCUGGAGAUGGUUUGGUUGACUUCUCUUCCUUGUUUACUUGUUGACUUACCUGCUGACUCAUCUCAUGCAGCUUACAGUUGCUUGUGUUUUUUGUCCAAAUAACUCGCUUUUACGUUUAAAUGCAAAGUAGAGUAAUCCAAAGCUCAAGAAACGGAAAAAACUCUUUAUCUAAACCAACAGGCCUUUCAAAAAAAAAAAAAACCAACAGGAAAAAAAAAAAAAAAACAUGAAACAGAUCAUCGGUAUCUAAAGUUGGGAAGACCAAGGCUAUCCCGUCAACAAUAUUCAAGAAUGAAUGAAGGGAUCACAUCUCACCAAACCAACUCAUCAGAAGACAAACCAUAAGAAGCUGAAGUAUCCGCCGCUUGAUUACCACUCUAUAUAUGAGAGGUCUAGAAAUGCAUUCGGAACAAUGUAAACAAUUAAACCAUUCUAAACAAAGCUUCCAAGUUCCAAGGAACAAGGUGAGGAGAAUGAGUAAAAGUGAGCACCAUAGCCAAGUAAACCUUCAACCAAAUAGUUUUGCAUUCCCUCACUGAAGCCAACAAAUAUAUAGUCUUUAAGAAUAAUACAAACAUAGAGAGUUAGAGACGACUUUUAUUGCCAUGCUACUUUUACUUUUGAUGGUUUGUACAGGAUAUUGAACAACUUGGAGACAAAGCCAUGUGAUCAUGAAGAAAUCAAGGCAGAGACGGACUGCUAAUCUGCGAGGCAUAAUAUAUCCCAGGUAAAGCUCAACAAUUCUACAGCGAUCUCAACAAUAAGAAUUGGCAUGCCAACAUUAUUAAACUUCUCCUAGACAUUCUAGGUAAACAAAGUGUAUUGCCUUGCAUCAUUACUAUUUGUGAAAUUACGAGAAUUUAAAAUAGCUGUCAAGUAGUCUACGUGAUGGCUGCUACAACAUGAAGUAAGUGUGGCGACAUACUUUCGAGAUUGACAAGCAUUAUACCAUCCAGCAUCAACAAAGGGGCUGGCAUCUCGAGAAUCAGAAAUCAAAAACAGUUAGUUUUGCUUCUCCAAUUGAAAUGGAUGCUAGCUUUGUUAUCAAGAGGGGCCUUGUGAAUAUGUCCUGCAUUAAGAGCGUACUGGAGAGCUGGUGUUAAAGUUCUCAGGUAGUUUGCUGGAAAGUAAGCAGCGAGAAAUAAGACUACAGGCCUGUUGAAAUUCAUAGAGGUCAAGGUGUGUGGUUUUGAUUUAGUUCAUGCUGUGGGGCAGCAUGAAGCCUGUGAAGAAGACAGUGCAGUGGAAAGCAUAAUUUUUUCGAGUCAUGAAGGUAUGGUGCAAAACAAAUCUGCCGACAAAUGACGAGUAUUAUCUGCAUAGCAUAAAUAUUCGUCUGCGAGGCUUAACAAUGCUGCUGCUAAUUAAGCAAACUUGUUUCCAGAUGUAUGAUGCCAUUAAGAGUGAUGAUAAAGCAAAGCCUAGCCUUGUUCUGGGAAUUAUUCCGAAAUUGAAAGUAGCAUACCUUGAGGCUAUCAGUACAGCUACAUGAAAUAGACUGAGCAGCAAAUAUCAAUUAAGAGUAAGAGCCUAGCAAAUUUGCAGUUGGAUGGCUGUUGAUGUAACAAAAUUCAUCCGAGGCAGUGGCGGAUUUACAGUCAGGUCCGGGAGGGUCCCGAACCCCCAGCUUCCUAACCUAUGUUACGUUGAUCAUAGUUUGCUGUCUCAAUUAAUCUGUAAACCGACCCCCAUCCCCACCGUACCCCCAAUAAUAUACCAAAAAAAGAUUUUGUUCAAAUUUUAAGGUUUGAUAUUUUUCAAUUUUUUCCUUUUCUGUUAUCUUAUGUUCAUGAUAUCAAAUUUAAAAUAUUUAUUUCCUUUUGUUCUGUUUAAUAUUUCUUAAUGAGCUUCAUAACAUUUAUCUUCUCUUAUAUGGUGAAUUUCUUUAUUUUUGAAAGGAUAUGGUGAAUUUCAUAUGCUACAAUUUUGUGUUUUUUUCUUCUAGGGAAAAGAAUUUUUUGUUGUCAAACAAAAACUUUUAGUUUGGAACCCCCCCAAAACCGUAAAAUCCUGGUUCCGCCCCUAAUCUUAGGCGUAUAGUCUUUCUGAUAGCUAUUUCUUUGGACACAUCAAGGUAAUGGCCAAAGGUUUGUCUGGCGCUGCACAAAGCAAUUACUUUGUGAUGCAUUUUAUAAAUUAAAUUAAGGAUUAAUUACGAAAUACCCUCCGAACUAUGAGGCUAUUUUCAUUUUCAUACUCAAAUAGGUGCCUUGAUUAAGUUUCACAGGUUUAAAUCAUAUUUCUUUGGGCAUAAAGUUCUUCAAUGCAAGAUUCCACCAGUGGCAAGUGGCAACAAACACUAAAUGCCAACAUAUGGUUUGAAAAGAGAGACAGCAAUAAAGUGGCUCGCAGGAAGCAAAAGUACGGAGCCAGGUUGGCCUUGUUGGAAAUUUUAAUAUUAAAUAUUUUAUUUUUUAUAAUUUGUGGAUGAAUAAUAUAGUGAAAAUAUGUGAAGUUGAAUAAAUGUAAAUGACUAUGCAGUGAGAAGUCAUGACUGAUCACAAAAUAUUACUUUUGGUGAAAAGUCAUCUCUCCUCCAAAAAUCACCUUAUAUUUAUAAAACACUUGCUACACCAUAUUCAGAAAAUAACUUCUUUAAUUCAUCUUUCUUCCUCUCCUUUACAUAUGAGUUUUUCCUAAUCAAUUAAGUCUUUUCAAGAGAGAGUUCAUACACAAUCUAAGUUCGUUGUUCUUGAUGUUUGGAGUGCUACUACCACAAGAAGGUCGUUGUAUCCUGGGAGCCUUCUAUUUUGCUGGAGAUCAAUGUUCCCGACUAUGAAAACUAGAGAAGAUAAAGCCCUGCAUAGCCCCAGGGGAUUAAAUGAAUCACCUAAUACAUGGGGCAGAGCCAACAUUAUUUUUCUAAUGCGCAAUGGAGAAGAGAAGUUGUCGUCAAUUAUCUUGAUGAAGUUGGAAGCUCCGGGCAGCAGCAAAUUAAGCGGAGGCCCAAAACUAAUUGUUCACUCAACGAACCAAAGUUCUGGUGACCAAGUACUCGCUUAUAUUUUGGGAGGUUAAAUAAAACCUACUUGGGGAUCAAGCUAUUUUAAGGCAAUUUUGGUAGAUGUGCAUGCCUGACCUGCAAGUGACAAUAUGACUGUUAUUGAAGAUAUCACUGUAGAAGCAAAUCCUUGAAGGGCAAGAAUCGGCAAUGUCUGUUAAUGCAUGGAGCCUAAAUGCCUACAUAUGGUUUGAAAAGAGAGACGGCAAUAAAGUGGCUCGCAGGAAGCAAAUGUCCGGAGCCAGGUUGGCCUUUCACACCGAAGAGUGGUACAACACCCAACGGAGGUGGUUGUAUUUUACGGGAUCAUGUUGAUUGUUGAGCCUUCUAUAUUGCUGGAGAUCAAUGUUCCCGACUAUGAAAAGUAGAGAAGAUAAGGCCCUGCAUAGCCCCAGGGGAUGAAAUGAAUCACCUAAUACAUGGCGCAGAGCCAACAUUAUUUUUCUAAUGUGCAAAUGGAGAAGAGAAGUUGUCGUCAAUUAUCUUGAUGAAGUUGGAAGCUCCGGGCAGCAGCAAAUUAAGCGGAGGCCCAAAACUAAUUGUUCACUCAACGAACCAAAGUUGUGGUAAAUAAAACCUACUUGGGGAUCAAGCUAUUUUAAGGCAAUUUUGGUAGAUGUGCAUGCCUGACCUGCAAGUGACAAUAUGACUGUUAUUGAAGAUAUCACUGUAGAAGCAAAUCCUUGAAGGGCAAGAAUCGGCAAUGUCUGUUAAUGCAUAGCGCCUUGGAUCAAUCAUUAUUUGGUCAUAUAAUCUUGACAACAAAACUUGGGGAUAAAGAAAAGGGAGAUUCCCGGCUUACAAUGAAGUUGUUGAAUCAUUUGGCAAGUAAUUAGUCAUAUCAUGAGAAGACACAGAAGUGCUGUUACCAAGUGCAAAAAUAUCAGGAGAAUCUAACGAUCAAAGUCGAAACAAAGUAGAUCCUGCUACUGGUUGCCAAGGCUUUCAAAGCUUAUAGUUUUUCAACGACACAACACUGCUUAUACCUGGGGUGGUGCAGCUGCACCACGCCUCCGAUGCCAGGAGGCCUCUGAUCAUGUAAAAGGUCUAUGUAUAUUAUACAUAAAAACAAACAUGUUGAUUUCCCUAAUUGCACCCCGACCCUGACGUACUUUGGUGUCUCUGGUUCGAGCUUCAGCAACACAAAGUGCGUUUUCAUUUUAUUUUUUUUUGGCUAGUAUUUCUUCUCAUUUUUCAGUUUUUUUUUUUUGGUGCAAAUUUUCUUCCUUUUUUUUUUUUUGAUCAGAUAAACAAUUCUAAUGCUAGAACUAGUCUUUCGUGAGUCGAACUCACAACCUCCCACUUACGAAGAGGAGACUAUGCCACUAGACCAAAUGAAUGAUUCUUGGACUCUGGUAACUUCAACUUUGGCCUCAUUCCUCGCCACAUUGCAUUGACGACCACCCGCAAAUGCAAAGAAUGAGCCAUGAGAUGCAAUAUAUUGAAUUCCUUGCAAAAAUGAAUUUUUCUCCUGAUAGCAAAUGGACAAGAAUUCAGCAACUGGGUCGUGGGUCUUCUGGAUCUGCCUUCGAAGGAUGUUUUGAGAACGGAUUCCACUUUGCUGUCAAAGUAGUUUCCUUGCAUGAUGAAGGAAGUCGAGGGAGGAACUGCGUCAAUCAACUUGAACAGGAGAUUGCUCUUUUGAGUCGGUUUAAACAUCAGAACAUAGUUCAAUAUUAUUACUCAUAUAAGGAUGAACUGAACCUUUAUAUGUUCAUGGAGCUUGUACCUCGAGGAUCCCUACGAAGCUUCUAUCAGACAAAUCCCGUUUCCUGUCUUCUCGUCUCCAAAUACACAAAAGAUAUUCUUCAUGGUCUUAAGUAUCUUCAUGACCACAAUGUGAUUCACAGGGACAUAAAAUGUGCAAAUAUAUUGAUAGAUGCUCAAGGAUCUGCAAAGCUCGCAGAUUUGGGAGUGGGAAAGAUAAUCAGAAUGAAUGAUAUUAAAUCUUUCCAGGGCAGCGCAUUUUGGACAGCUCCUGAGGUUCAGAGUGCAAUAAGGCAUAACCAAGGUUAUGGGAUUUCAGCUGAUAUAUGGAGCCUUGGUUGCACCGUAUUGGAGAUGUUAACCAGGAGUGUUCCUUACCAUGAUAUGACACCGGAACAGGCAUUAUGGAGAUCAUUGAACGGGAAGCUCCCUGAGAUUCCUGAUUUUCUCUCAGUGGAUGCACAAGAUUUCAUCCAGAAAUGCCUAAAGAUCAACCCAAAUGAUCGUCCCACUGCUUCAGAGCUCUUAGAGCACCCAUUUGUCUUGAGGCGGCCAAGGUCGGGCAACAUGCCAAGGCGAGGUUCCGUUCUUACGAACAUUUUCAAAAAGUUGUCAAAAAAUUUUGCAAAUGUUUUUACGAAUAUAGUUUCUGAUCUUUGAAUUUCACUCGAUUCUGUCUUGUGUUGGGAGCCGUUUCAGACUAUAAAAUUGUAUUAACUUGUGUUUUGUGUGUGAUUAUAAUGAAUUUAACUUAUUUUCCUGCGAGUUGAGAGUAUAUGUAAGUAUUUUCUUAUUUAUUUGUUCCAUUUCAUUUUUC